UUUUUAUAAAAUUACCGUCAAUGAAAAUUAUUUCCCCAAUUCGUGAUAUCUGAACGAACAACAUCAACAAUUAUCACACGAGUAAUGCAUCGUCUGGAUGCACAUUCUCCCGAGGGAUAUCCAAGAGUGAUCUGACAUUGUGGUGAUGACCACGGAAACAAAAAUGAGCAGCUCGGAAGAGGUUUCCUGGAUCUCCUGGUUCUGCGGACUUCGUGGAAAUGAAUUUUUUUGUGAGGUUGAUGAAGAUUACAUUCAAGACAAAUUCAAUUUGACCGGUUUGAAUGAACAAGUACCACAUUAUCGUCAAGCCUUGGACAUGAUCUUGGACCUGGAGCCAGAUGAUGACCUCGAUGACAAUCCCAACCAGUCAGACCUCAUUGAGCAAGCGGCGGAGAUGUUGUAUGGACUGAUUCACGCCCGGUACAUCCUAACAAAUCGGGGCAUUGCCCAGAUGAUCGAGAAGUACCAAUCAGGUGACUUCGGUCAUUGCCCCAGGGUCUACUGCGAGUCCCAACAGAUGUUACCCCUUGGAUUGAGCGAUGUACCUGGUGAGGCCAUGGUCAAGAGCUAUUGUCCCAAGUGCAUGGAUGUUUACACUCCAAAAAGUUCAAGGCACCAUCAUAAUGAUGGGGCUUACUUCGGCACUGGUUUUCCACAUAUGCUCUUCAUGGUUCACCCAGAAUACCGACCCAAACGAGCUCCAAAUCAAUUUGUACCCAGAUUAUAUGGCUUCAAAAUUCACCCACUAGCCUAUCAGAUGCAACAGCAAUCAGCAGCCACGUUCAAGGCUCCACUUCGUGCUAUGUAUAACAAUGGGAAACGUUAAACACCCAACUUAUCCACGACGAUGAGAAGAAAAUUUUUUUUUAAUGAUAAAACAACAUUAUUAUACGUCAGAAAGAAAUAACAACUCAGCUAAUGAACUAAGUUAAUUUAAUCGUCUCCACUUGUUUCUUUCUCGUCAUUAUGGAACGAUAUUGCCUCGUUUGAGACUGCUUGUUACGUUAGAUUAACCCGGUAAUUUUGUUGAGUAGAUCAUUCAUUGUUUUAUUGGUUGGUGUCAACGUGUAGCCAAUUAAUUGUGGUCAAAGUCAAGAAAUUGUUCAACUCAAUUAGAAUUAUUUCUCCUGAAGUUGGAUUUAACAGCUGUUGUCAACUUUUUUUCAUUAGGAGUCAGUGCAAGGGGAUCAUAUUAGGUUAGAUGAAUUUUCCACAGGAUCGAAGUGAUGAUGAGUACGAAAUUGCAGGGGAAACAACGGAGAUUCCUCUACUCAAUGAACAUUUGGAUAAAAAUUAAAAGAUUAUUCUCAAAAAUUAUGAUAACUGUGUAUAAAGUAGAAUGUGAAUUUAGCAUAAAAGAUUAUGAAUUUAAAAUCUAGAAUUGUAUUUGCCUAGAGUAUUUCAAAUACCUUUCAGUUUUCAGUAAAUUUAAUCGACACAGCAUUCCGAAGGUAUUUAUUGGUUUUUAAGGGCUAUCCGGUUCAGGGGUGGAUAAUGCUGAUGAAUAUUUGUACCUACUGAAGUAGAUGGAGUGGAUGUUCUUGUGAUUUUAAUAAAAUCAUGCAAGAAUUUA